UAUUAUUAUUAUUAUUAUUAUAUAUACAAACAGAAACAGAGAGCUAGCACAAGGUCACAAGAAGAAGAAGGAAGAUAUAUAGAUAAAAGAGAAACACAGAAUACUACAAAAUUCUUUCUUGGACAUGGCAGAGGAGUUUCAGACCGGGAUUUGCGACGGGAACUGGUGGAGCUUGUCGAAAAGCGUGUUCAUGGGUGGUGGUUCAUCACCAUGCUCUACGGAUAUUAACGCAACUGACAUGGGGAAUUAUGGGCCGUGGAUGGUGACGGAUGUGGGGGACUUGAAGCCAAGAUCAUGCAAGCUCGAUAAUUCUAAUAAUAUUACUACCACUGAUUCACUCUCAGAUUCCUCAGUUCUUGUGCAAGAUUCGUUAAAGACUCAGCAGACUGAUUCUGAUAGAGCUGGUAGUAGUGUUUUGAUGGAUUCUACCUUGCAAAUGAUGGGUUUUGGGAUUUCAUCUUCUUCUUCUUCAUCAUCUUCCUUAGAUUGGAGCCAAACUUUACUUCGAAGAAAUGGAAGAGCUGAGAGUUAUAAUUCCAUACUGCAAGAAGACAUGAACUCUUCUCAAGUCCAAAAAGAUUGGAGUAGUCCAAAGAGAAGUGCUGGGGAAGAUUCUUCCAAUAACGGUUUUAAAGUAAUAAAUCAAGAUUUCUCUUUAGAGCAACCAAGGCUAAAUAAUCCUUUAAACACCUCCGGAAAUUCCACGGCAACAACUUGCCAAGGCUUAUCCACAGGAUUUUCAAUUGGGUCACCAUCUUAUGGCUACCCUUCAACGUUGAUACCAAGUUUAUUUGAUCCUGAUCCUCAGCCACAACAAACUCUUUUCAACAACCGCACCAUAAACUAUUCUUCCCCUCCAAAUUAUGGGACCAUCUUGAAUGAACUCUCCCCUUCUUGGCCUAAAUUUGCUCCCUUUCUAAAAACCUCAUUGCCAAAGCAGCAGCAGCAGCCUGCAGGUGGCUUGCACUUCUCUAACAAUACUCCCUUUUGGAAUGCCUCGGCAACUGGGCUAAAUGAUAUUAGACACAGUUUUGUACCCUCUUCUCAACCUCAGUUUCUUAUUCCAAUUUUUGAAGAGAAACGCAACUGUCCCAACCUCACUACAAAGACUAACAAUGGAGAAGUUCGAGACUCAGGAUCAGUUGUUAAGAAAGGAAGUGAACCAGCAUUCAAAAGGCCUCGAAUUGAAACGCCAUCGCCAUUACCAACUUUUAAGGUCCGGAAAGAGAAGCUAGGGGACCGAAUAACUGCCCUUCAGCAAUUGGUUUCACCUUUUGGAAAGACUGAUACAGCAUCUGUUCUCCAUGAAGCCAUCGAGUACAUCAAGUUCCUCCAUGAUCAAGUCAGUGUUUUGAGUACUCCAUAUAUGAAAAAUGGCAAUCCCUUUCAACAUCAACAGGGUGGUGAAAAAUUGAAGAACGCAGAAGGGUCAUCAAAACUAGAUCUAAAAAGUCGAGGGCUGUGUCUUGUGCCAAUCUCAAGCACAUUUCCUGUCGCUAAUGAGACUACAGCAGAUUUCUGGACGCCAACGUUUGGAGUGUAGCAUCAUUAUUCAAAGCAAGAUGGGAUUGAUAACUUGAACACAAAAGGAGAGAAGAUCAUUAGGAGCUGAAUUGCUGUGCUAUAGGCUGCUAGCUGUAACAGUCCUAGGAGAAAAGCCAAAGAAAACAAAAAAGAAAAAGAAGAUAGUUAAAGAAAAGGAAGUGACCCUUCAAAGAUGGAAACAGGCAAUGCUGGGCCAGCUGCAAGCAAAAUGAUUUAGAGCUAGCAAUUGAUCGGGGAGUCGAGAUAUAUAUAUAUAUAUAUAUACACAUUUAAAAGCUCGGUUAAGCACAGGAACAAGUGCUAAAUUUAGCCAAAAAUUUGACAUUUGUUGUUAAAUGAGAGCUGAAUUUAGCAGAUGGGGCAAUAAUAAUAAUAAUUUAAAGCCUUUUGUUCCUGUGAAAAAAAAAAACCCACCUUUUAAUUUUUAUUGUUAUUGAAGGAAAAGAAAAAGAAAAUAAUUGUAGUGAUUCUAUUUUUUUUUUCUUUUUUUUAAAAUAGAAGUUAGUGGAGCUCAUUUGAUUGCUGUUAUAACUUUUUCAUUUGUUUAUACGUCUGGAAUGUGCUAGUGGAAGUCAGAAGGCGAGCCCACUGUUCCUGCUUUUA